GCUUUACAAUGUCGUUAAUAUGUGAUUUAUAUUGAAGUUGAUAUGAAUGUAAUGAUUAUAUUUAUGGAUAUAUAUCCAUCCGAUAAGGCGAUAUAUAACAACGGAGAAACGUGACGGUCAUGUUGUUAUUUACGCAUAACGUUCCCUGCCGUUUUAUAUGUGAAGUGCUUUUAACGCGUCCACCUCCCGCCUUCGGACUGCCAACAUCCGUCGCCGCGGAAUUGGAGGUCCGGGGCGACAGAAGAAGAAGCCGCGUUAGGGUUCCUGUGUGCCGAUAGUUGCGCACGGACUAGGGCUCGGUCGAAUCGAACAAGCCAAACGUGUUGGGAAAAAUUCGGGAUUGGAGAGGAUCGAGCCUCGUCUCGACGUGAAUCUCAUCCUCCGGUUCCGUGGGGCGAUCGCGAUGGGAUCCGCGAAGGGGAGCCCCGUGCGUCCGAGCUCGGGCGUGCUGCUGGCCUCCGACGGCUCCUUCAGUGCCCUCCUCGGUCUUCCGUCCGACCAGGCCGUGAAUCUCCUUCACCGGCUGCCGGAUCCCAACGCCGUCGCUUCCAGUGGCGAGAUGCGGCGUCUCUGCCUCCCGCCGAGGCCUAAGGCGGAGCUGCUGGACUCGGCCGGUCUCCGGCUGAUCGCGCAGCGGUCGGCGAAGAGGAAGGAAGGCGAAAAGCGCAGGGGGGAAUCUCCAGCAAAAAAGAGCAAAAGGCGCUCAGAAGAGGGGACUGCGUGCGGUAAGAAGCUCCCUUGCGUUCACGUCCGCGCUCGCCGAGGCCAAGCCACUGAUAGCCACAGCUUAGCGGAGAGAGCAAGGAGGGAGAAAAUAAAUGCUAGGAUGAAAGUUCUCCGAGAACUGGUCCCUGGAUGCAGCAAGAUAUCAGGUACAACUUUAUUGUUGGAUGAAAUCAUCAGUCACAUAAAAUCUCUCCAAUGUCUGAUUGAGUUAUUGUCAAUGAGACUAGCAGCAGCGAACUCAAGGAUCAGCUUCAGUGGCCCUGAUAGCUCCUCAUCAGUGGAUUGUGGGUGGCUAACAGUCAAUAAUGAGAGGAGUAGGAGGGUCGGAAUGGAACCGAUAGAAUGGUCAUCAUAUGGAGGAAGGAGGCAGCCACAACAGCAUAUCUGGCACAUCAAUUUAGUGCACCCCCAACAAACAUCAAGAGCCUCUGAAGGGGAGACACCCACUACACCGAUCAUGGGACCUUACUCUUCCAGUGCCAUCAAUUUGCUUCUGGUAACUGCUGCCCUCCUGUUUCAGCUUUUUAUGUCACAAACCAAAUUGAAAGAUUACAGUACACUAGAUAAGGGGUUGGUACGACGUUGACAUUUAUUUAAUAAAGAUGUGUCUUAAUGUAUUCUGACUGCUGUGGUCCCAAAUUUCGGUGGCAUUGUUGAGCAAACAUCUAUAAAUGGUUGCCAAAGUAAUGAGGCCUUCCUGUUGCAAUUGUCCUGCGGAGGAUCCCACUUAAUUAAUAUGGUCUCCAUGGUCCCCUUUCUGUGUAUGUUCACACCCUCACUAGUAGAACUACCUUGGUCUCUAUGUUCCUAUUUCUGAGCAUCUCCAUUCUGUCAUUCACUAGUAGAACUAUCCUUUAUUUCCAAGUGGCCUAGGUCUUCAAAGAGGCUUGUUCUCCCCAUCCAUAUCUCAUAAGUACAGGUAAGAUGAAUUUAAGUUCUUUAUCAACUAUAACUUGCAUAACUUUUUGUGACAUCCAGUUUCAUGUCAAGAUUUGCUAAUUCUUUCUUCAGAAUUGUAUCUUCUUCCACUUGGGUAGCUGCUUUACUUCUUGCCUGUUUAUCAUUAGCCAUCAGGACAGCUGGUGUGCAUUAAGCUUGAUGUUAACUUGAACUUGAACAAGACAGCCUUCACUGUCGUAGUCAGGUCCUUAGCUACCUGAUUUAGACUCUUGAUAUAAUUCUGUCACACUCUAGGCCCACAUCUUUGGACCAUUCUAAAUGACAUUAAUUUUGUUAGAUGAGUUUUUUUUUACAUCUUGGAUGUGGUGAUUCGUUAAAACUGGUGCAUUGAUGUGAUUGUUUGACAGCUCUGUAAGUUGUGAUGAGGUGAAUUAACAUGCCUCAAUGCUAAUUGAUGGUGUAUGGACCCUGUUAGCACCAUUCUUGACCAACUCAAGGCAAACUCACUUUAGAUUUUUUACUCCAUGAACCUUUUGAAUAAAUCAUUACAUUAAACAUUACCCUUUGCUUAGUUAUAUAAGAACUAGUAGCAUGUGAGAUAUGUUUGGAAAGAUACCUGAUUAUGUGAGACUGAAAAAUUCAUGUAUUUGUGACUUUUAUACCAUACUAAUGUACCGAUCAGCUGUCGAUACGGUACGUACCGAGCUGUACCGAGCAUAUCGACACACAAUAUACUAAGGUGUACCGAUAUACCACCCAUACCGGUCCUCUAUUGGACUGGUAUGUACCGCCGAUACUGAGCGGUAUGGUACGGUAUUGCAAACUAUGAGUUUUAACAGAUAAUAAUACAAUUACAUAUUAGUAAAGAUGUUGUAAGUUCUUGUAAGUACAGAUGAAGGAAUAUUCUCGUGCAAGAUGAACACCAAGCAGAUCAUUUACAUUUCAUUGGAACUACUACUUCUUUGUAAGCAUUAUAAUUAGUUGGAUCCCUAAAGCAGAACAUCUCUACUAGAUUGUGAGUUUUAACUAAAAGCAGUGAAGAAGAACAAACGAAUUGCAUGAGACUCACUAAUAAGGUUAGGGGAGAGUCAGUAUAUGCAGCAUUGUCCUUAUUUGUUUCUGUGAUUUGAACCCUUAUCAUCCAGGUCAUGUACGAGCAAUGAGCAACUUAUCCUUGUACCAAGGCUCAACUCUUUUCAAGUGAAAAAUAGUGUGUUAAUGUUGAAGGAACGUAUCUAAGAAAGCAAAAAGAUAAUGGUAAAAUUAGUUCACAUUCCUUACGGAUACAUCUUUGAUUGAAGAACAAACAACCAGUAAGAGCCAGUACAAGUACCAACCAUUAUCUCCUCUUGCAUCAUGGUAUAAUGUAGUAUGAAAUUCCAUUUCUAUGUUCGCUUAUACAGAUUUGUAUUCUUAUUCUACACAUUCUGCAUCUGUUGAUUUCAUCAUGCCAUGUACUCUCUAUUUGCUAAUCAAAUGGCAAUCCUAUUGAUCUCUUAAGUUUAGAUCAUAUUUCACACUGGCUUUUGUUCUUUUACUAUGACCACACUUUUGUUGCCUUUGAAAUAGUAAUUCAGCACUUCAGCCAUCUGAAGACAGAACCUGAAGAUGCCAUGGUGACAGCAUGAUUUAAUAGCAGCAUGGUGGUAUGUUAAUGACAGCAAUAAAUUACUCAGUUCUCCAUGUUAUAAAUGUCUAGAAUUUUUCUUCCAUUUUUCUUUUUUUCUCAUAUCGGCGGCACUCUUUUGGACAAGAAAGGAAUCAAGCAAUCCACCUAUGAUUUUAUAAAGUAUGAUAUUAGAGAUGUUCGUUUUGAACCAUAAAGAGUGUAUUAGCCUGGAUUAGGCUUAUUAAUAUGUUUCAAGUGCUUCUAAAUC